UUCAAUAUCUUCAUUCUUAUCAAACCACCGCUGAGCCUUGAAUUCAAGGGGAACAAUAUGAAACCUUAACAAGUUUCAGGGAUGCGCGUUCAGCUAUUGGAUGAUGGAUUACACGGGUACCAAGCAACGGUGAGAGCGGAACCUCGAGGUCCCGCCUCCUCGGAACCCUCUGCGAGGUUUCCUAUUGGACGCCGGGCUCGUCAGUCCGCCCGCCCGCCCAGGUUAGGUUGCUCUGCACCGUUAAGAUGCUCAAUUGAUGGGCGUACGGAGCUGUGCAGUGGAAAAGGAAGGAGAACCUCCUCUGUUGUGGGUUUUUUUUGUUUGUUUGUUUUUUACGUUACACACAGAAGAGAGACUGAGAAACAACUACAAACUGGACCAUGUUGUUUCCGUGUGGUGUCGGUUCUGCUGGCGGGUUCCUCCUCCUCCUCCCCGGAGCUCAGCUGGGUUUCCUCCCUGCGCGCGGCGGUGACAAGCGGGUCGGACGAUGCUAUUGCGGCGUUUUAAAGGGAAAAAAGCUCCUGGUGGAAUAACAACACACGGCAGAGCUUCCGCCACACAGCGCCGUGUGCGAGUCCGACCCGGGGGAGAGCCGGUUCUGCUGCUCAGGUAGGACACUUUCCGCGGGGGGAGAUUUUUUUCCGUGUGUGUGCAGAGAAACGCACCUGCCCGUGGAGACCAUCGCGGACCAUCCGGACGCACAUGGACACCUAAAGACAAACUGUUUUCUACCCGAACCUCCUCCUCCUCCUCCUGCUCCUGCUUUACGCCGCCAUGGAGCAUUCCCAGGUUCCGAUCCACAUCGGUGUGAUAUUAUUUACUCGUCGCGGGGCUUCAAGCCAACCCGAGUGAGGAGGAUGACAGCUGAUCGCCCCUCCUCUCCCGGCAGGACUUAAAUAAAAAAGAGAGAGAGAGAGAGAGAAAAAAAACGCGCUCCAUGUGAAUCUGAGUCUCAGUUUUCAGCUGUGUUUAACAAUAGAUGGAGCGCGCGGGGCUGUGACAUUUGGUCGCGCGCCACCUGAACCCUCGAUCAGGUUACCUUCUCUACACACACACACACACACACACACACACACACACACACACACACACACACUUCACCAGCCUGGAUCACAUCUCACCGGAGGCCCCCUCUUUUUUUUUUUUUUUUUUCCUUAAUUCCGUUUGCGCUCCUCAGACGAGCAGGAGGAUCGCAGGUGCUCUGUGCGCUCACACAUGGAAACUGGAUCUCUUCCUCUUCUUCUUCCUCUUCUUCUUCUUCUUCUUUUCGCUCAUUGGCACUUGUACGCCACAGCCCCUGAUCCCGGUCCUGGUCCUGGUCCUGGUGCUGGUGCUGGUUCCCGCGGAUGAUCCUUGAAAGUAGCCGAUAGAAUAAUCAGCGACGCGGUGUCAGCAGAGGCUUGAGCCGCAGGGGAUUUGUGUAGAUUAUCGCCGGACUGCUAUUUUGUUCCUCUGGUCACACUCUCGGCUGAACUUAGCGGCUUUUGAUCCGCUGCCUUUUCCCCUGCUGCCCUCCUCCUCCUCCUCCUCCUCCUCCUCCUCCACCUCCUCCUCUGUCCAGCCGCUGCCGCCUGGAAACUCCAGCAGGAGAAGCUUGUUUACAAGCCCCGCUGUUCACAGGGGGAAGGGGGGGAGACAGCCGGGUUGCAUUCAUAAGCAAUGACCGCCACGGAGGUGUUUGGACCCGGAUCUGAGGAUACGACCAGUUUGGCGCUGCCGUCACCCCGCGGUGGUUCCGGGGGGCCGAGACGCGCUGGAAGCCGUCUGUAGUUAACACUCCCCCUGUGUGCCGGCCGGGUCACAUGCCGGCGCUGUGACCGGGAGGAGAGUUUGUCAGUACAACCAGAAAAAAAAAAAAAAAAAAACUAUUAAAAAAAAAAAAAAGCGAAGCGAAGCGAGCACUUCUUCCCGGACCCGUUCUGACUUUCUACCGGGCGGCUACCGGAGGAUGUUGAAGCCAGGAUGCUGCGCUUCCCCGUGAAGAAGAUCCGGAAGCAGUUCAAGCUCCUGCUGCUGCUGGUCCUCCUCACCUCCGCCGUGUGGUUCACCUACCUGCACAUCAACCAGGGCAAGACCAUCAAACUGCACUUCAACUACGGGAAAGAUGGAGAGAGACAGACGGAGGGGACGGACACCAGCCGUAAGAGGGAUGCUCGCUCCUCAGCCGGCCACCACAAGAGCGAGGACACCAGCGACAGCAGGGAGGACGAGGCUGCAGAUGACGAGCCGAUCACAGGAAGGGCCGAUGGCAGAGACCACACACACAUACGGAAGUUCCUCAGCCAGCACCACAAGAAAUUACCAUGGAAACCAGAGUAUAAGGGCCAGGCCAACCUGCAUGUGUUCGAGGACUGGUGUGGCUCCUCUGUCGCCCAACUCAGAAAGAACCUGCACUUCCCUCUCUACCCUCAUACCAGAACCACGGUGAAGAAGCUGGCAGUGGCGCCGAAGUGGAAAAACUAUGGCCUGAGAAUAUUUGGCUUCCUCCACCCUUACAGAGAUGGCGAUUUCCAGUUCUCGGUAUCGUCUGAUGAUAACUCUGAGUUCUGGCUGAGUCCCGACGAGAGUCCUCUCAACGCCAGGCUGCUGGUCUAUGUAGGAAAGCUGGGUACAGAGUGGACCGCUCCAGGCGAGUUCAGCAAGUUCAGGUCCCAGUCCUCCAAGUCUGUGCACCUAAUCUCAUCCAGACAGUACUACUUUGAGAUCCUCCACAAGCAGGAUGACAAGGGCUCGGAUCACGUGGAGGUUGGGUGGCGUCCAUUCCUCCCUGGUCUGAAGUACGAAGUGAUAGACUCGGCCUACAUCUCCCUGUACACAGACGAGUCCAAUCUAAAGAUGAACAGUGUGGAUCACGUACCCCAGACCUUGGCCAGUCACAUCCGUCUCCCAGAGGUGUCUCCGCCUCAGGGUCUGGAGGGAGGCGGCAGCAUGCAGCACGGAGCGGAUAUGCUGAAGCCGGACCCCAGGGACACCUUCUACAGCACUCCUAUGAUCGACCCCUCCCGACUGGAAAACGUUCUUCCGGCGUGCCUCUACUCUCCAACAUACGUAGUCAAAGACUUUCCCAUCGCCAGAUACCAGGGCCUGCAGUUUGUGUAUCUCUCCUUCGUUUACCCCAACGACUUUACACGCCUCACCCACAUGGAGCGGGAGAACAAGUGUUUCUACAGAGAGUCCCCCAUCUACUUGGAGAAGUUUGGUUUCUACAAAUAUAUGAAGAUGGAUGAGGAGGAAGAUGACAGACCGUUCUUCUUCCCCAACCCAGAUGAUUUCCUCGAGGAAGAGGAGGUGGUGGAUACGGAGGACGAGGCGGAGAUCGUCGGCACGCAGCCGCCCAAGAAGCCAUCUCAUCCCAGCCAGACCAGCCACACCUCCAACCCCUCCCACCAGCACUCGAAGCCCAGGCCCACACCAGCUGGCAGGGAAGGGGAAGAAGAGGAGGAAGACCCUGACGAGGAGGAGGAGGAGGAGGGAGCAGUUGACAGUAUCAUACGGCGCAGAGAAAGGAGACACUUUCCUCCAAGAGAUGGACAGAUGGCCAGGGAUGUGGACAGAGACUGGGGGAGAGAUCAUACGAGACGGAACAUGAGGCAGGACGCCGGGGAGAGACUUGAAGAGCCACAGCCCCGGGGGCUUCAGGCCGACAUGGACAGCGUGGUCCGGGGCCGCUCCUUGUCUUGGAUCCACACCGGCCCUCCAGAGUCAGUCCCUGGCAGGAAAGGAGUGGGAACAGGUGGUGGCGGUGGUGGUGCAGAAGGAGGGGGAGGAGAGAAGGGAGCCGAGACUCCGCCUAAACUGAGCAAGUCUUCACUCCUCUUCCCACAGAAGUCCUCUCUCUCUGCCCUCGCCAGCCGAGCCAAGCAGAUACUCAGCAACUCCGCCCAUAGCAACAACCCCAUCAACAAGCCUGCUGGCAACAAGAAGGAAAAGAGGGAGGAGAACAAGAUCUACAUCACCAGGCCUCGACCUGCCAAAGAGAGGGAGAGGGACAGGGAGAGGGAGAGGGAGCAGCGACGGGAGAGGAGGGAGGAGAGGGCGUCUCGCCACCCUAGAGAGGUUUUCCCAGGGGUUUUUCUGUACCAAACAGGAAAGACCACGAGGCUGGUCAACCUGGGCGCUAAAGGACAUGCUGGGGGUGGCAUAAGAGGAGGUAAAAGUCUUGUUAGUGCGCCUCAACUCUGGCCCAACCCGCCUACAAAAGAAGGAAAGACGUAUCCUCACAACGGAAGCGUCAACAUACAAAAUGAAAGUGUGCAUAAGUCUGCCAACAGGGCCGUGAAACCACCAGAGAAAAACAAGAGGAAAGGAGAGCACCAGGAUUUAAAGACUACUCCUGCUGACCUGCUCAGCAAAGGAGACACGUUAAGCCCACGCUCCCAUCAUCAAGACCCCCCUCUGCCUCUGGUUACCCUGCCAAGGUCCAACACCACAGAACACACGCUCCAAGGUCAAACACGGGUCACCUCUUACCUCAGGACUUCAGAGAUCACAGAGUCCCAACAGCAGCCAGACCCAGACCCCAACCCACCAGACCUCAACCACGAUACUAACCGCUCAAAUCCCGACCCUGAUCCUGAGCCAGAACCAGAGGAGGGAGAGUUGUCGGACUACAGUUACGAAGAGGUGGAGGCCAGGCCGGGCUGGGCGGAGGAGAGCAUCAACUGGCAGAGGACCUUCUCAGUCAAUCCGAUGGACUUCGAGCUGCUGCGCUCCGACUGGAACGACCUGCGCUGCAACGUGUCCGGCAACCUCCAGCUGGCGGAGAGCGAGGUGGUGGACGUGCUGGCCCAGUACAUGGAGAAGCUCAACGAACGCAACGGAGGGAUCUACACCCUUCUGCGAAUCAUCAACGUUGAGAAGCGCCGCGACUCAGCGAGAGGGAACCGUUACCUGGUGGAGCUGGAGCUGAUGGAGAGAGGCCGCAGCGUGGUGCGUCUGUCGGAAUACAUUUACCUGCUGCUCCACCGCAGCAGGCAAGGAGAGGAGAGCCUGGAGAACACUGACUCUGCCCCGGCCUCGGCGCCGGCUUCGGCCCCCUCCGCCGCCACGUCCAGCCUCGCUACGCCACCACACCCUCCCCCCACCAGGUCACCCGCCCGGCCUGGAGCGACCCCCUGGAGCACGGCGUAUGCUAAGCCUCUGCUCUGCCAGCCGGUCAUGCUGCAGUGGAGGAAGGAUGUCAUGGUGCACUUUGUGGUGCCAGUGAAGAACCAGGCUCGCUGGGUACAGCAGUUCAUCUCUGACAUGGAGAAUCUUCACCGGCAGACGAAGGACGACAACUUCAGCAUCAUCAUUGUCGACUUUGAGAGUGAAGACAUGGACGUGGAGCAGGCGCUUAGAGAGAGCAGCGUGCCCAGAUAUGAGUACCUCAGGAGAGAGGGGAACUUUGAGCGCUCAGCAGGACUGCAGAUCGGAGUGGACACUAUUGAGGAUAGUCACAGCAUCGUGUUCCUGUGUGAUCUGCACAUCCACUUCCCUCUCAACAUCCUGGAGAGCAUCAGGAAGCACAGCGUGGAGGGACGCCUCGCUUUUGCCCCCAUCGUCAUGAGACUCGGCUGCGGCAGUUCGCCUCACGAGCCCGAUGGUUACUGGGAGGUAAACGGCUUCGGUCUGUUCGGAAUCUAUAAGUCUGAUUUUGAUAAGAUCGGAGGCAUGAACACGGAGGAAUUCAAAGACCGGUGGGGUGGAGAGGACUGGGAGCUGCUGGACAGGGUGCUGCAGAAUGGUUUGGAGGUGGAACGACUACGUUUGAGGAACUUCUUUCACUACUACCACUCCAAACGAGGCAUGUGGAACGCUCAGAACAAGAAAACUCCAAAGGGAUAGCACCGCCCCCUGCUGGUCGGAGGACUCUGAACCUGCCUGCAGAUCCACUGUGUGUGAGAGAGGCCUGCAGGAGCUCGCUCACUGCCUGAACUCUGCCUUUUUUUUUUUUUCUUUCUUAAACUGGCUCCGUUCAGGGAAGCCUCUGUUUCGCCACCGGGCCCCUUUUCUUUGCUUGUUUGUAUGAGGAAACUGAACUUUUGCAAGCAAGGCAUUUUCGUGGCGGGAUAGACCUGAGUCAGCACUUUGCCUCAGUGACUGAACUACUGUACAGAGAGAAGAGAGUUAUUUUUCUUCUCCUUCUCUCUGUUUCCUUUUUUUUUUUUUUUUUGGUGCAAUGUUUUCAGACAGACUGGAAAGCAGCUGAUUUUGUGUGUGCGAGUGUGUAUGUGUGUGUGUGUGUCUGAGAGCGUGGGUGUGUGUAUAUAUAUAAAUGUACGUGGGUGUGUUGCCCGCUCGUGUGCGCUCAUGGUGACAGGAAGCACCUUUUUUUCUAACAAGGAGACGUGAAGACAACCUAAGAUCUUUUUUUUUUUUGCUAACACUCUCCCCCCCGUGUGGGAGCCUCUAAUCGAAUGUGCGUCGACGUGUUGUUCGGAUGGAUCCAGAGGGGGCGGUCGUCAGCUCCAAGUAGAAAGAGAGAUUUACAAAAUAUACUUCAACUACUACCUGUUGGAUAUCAUUCACCAGUACGGCCCGAGGUGGUUGACGUUCUCCUGAUGUUUCGAAACGAAAACAAAAAAAGGUUUUUCAAUCAGAAAUCAACCAUCUUUCAAACAGAUACAUCGUCUUUAUAUCUCUUUCUGUCCCUCUCUCUCCCUCCUUUUUCUCUUUUACCUUCAUCUCAUCCAUCCCCUGCUGACUUGUUUCCAUCGGAACAUUACAUAUAUAUAUAAAAAACACUACUGCUGUUUUGUAAUAUCAGUUUUACAUACUCUGCCCAUGUUAAUGCUAUUUAUCGGUCAUGACUUGAUUAAUUUAAUUUCCUUUACUGGGGUUGAACUGAAGCAUUUGUGCUGUUAGUUAUUUAAAAGUGGCUUUUUUCACUCGUCCUGACUGAGUGCAGAUGCUCUUAUCAUAUUCGGGGUGCUAUUUUCUGUUCUAAAACACUGAAUCUGUCAACGGUUUACACCUUUUUUAACUCAACUGAUGGUAUCCUCCCGCUCCCUCCGGAUCUCUAACCUCAUUGUCAACUGGAACAUAAAACUCUGAACAGGAGGGAAGCAGCAGAGGACAGCAACAGCUUUUUUCUGCCUUUUUUUUUUUUUUCAUCUCAUGUUGUUACACAGUUUGUUAGGUUUUUUGUGCAGCUUUGUUUCAACAUAUUGGAUCUGAGGGAUUCAAACUCCAUCUCUCGUGUCGAAAUACCACCGAGACAGGGAAGUGCUUAGCUAAUGAAAACAUCAACGCUCUUCUUUUGUUUUGUUUUUUUGUUGUUUUUUUUUAAAGCUUGUAUAAAGCUCCAACAGAAGGGAGAGAGCAGUUCAUGUGUUGGACACAAUGUGGCAAAGCGUGGGCUGUUUCACAAAUGUGUGCCUUUUAUCAGGGUUUGGCUGCAGGCAGUUUUUAAACUAAACGACUGACAGAAGAGGGCAGGGACAGGCAGAAACUCACCGUUAUUUAUCAGCAGGCUGUAACGUCACUGUAAAAUUCAGAUACACUGUAAAGAAGGAAACAACGGUUCUCCUGAGAUGGAUUACAGACGUGUCAGUGUGUUUGUUGUGUUACUUUAGAAGCAGGAAGGAGCGGUCUUCAGGAGCCAGCUGCCCCAUCGGUGAGACAAACAGAGGUGGUGGGACUGAUGACUGCUGAGUGGGAUCAUGCAGGUGUGAUGGAGACUCACCUGGCAGCUGCAGGCCAGCAGGAGACCCGACCUCCACUCGUUAGCUUGUCUGGAGGUCGGGGGGCUCCUAAUGCCUCUGUUUAUGCAACAUGGUACUCACACUGAUGGGGAGUGGCAGGAGGGCUCGAGGUGGGACAUCUAUGUGUAAGGCGGAGAGUUAAUGAUCUGUUAUUGACUAUAUGAUUGUCAAAAUGCCCUCCGAGACCCUUUUUUCUUUGCCUCUACAGGAAAUUUAAAAAGGAAAAAAAAAAAAAAAAAGGUCUAUACUGUAACGUCAUUAAACGCUGACAUGGGACUAUUUAAAGAAAAACAAAAAAGGAAACACAUUAAAUAUAAGACUAUAUAUAUAAGAAACAUAAAAUUGAAAAAUAGGAAUAUACAUUCCAAGGUAAUUUCUGUGAAAUUGUUUUGUAGAGAAAAGGUUUUAAGAAUGUAUUGUACUUUUAUUUUGAUUUGUCGGUUUUUUGCAAAUAAAAUUUUAUGAUUACGUCCAGA